AUGGCACCCACCAGCGAGCAGCUCCGCGAUAUCGCCAACCAGGCCGAGCGGGACCUCAACACCUACCAAUCGAAGCAAGGACUCAACAAUUAUUCCGGAAGUGAUGAUGCUGGAGUCGAUUCCGGUGUCGAGAAGAAUUUUCCCGGUGCUGCAGUGAAGUACCACCCCGAUCUCAGCACAAAUUCCGGCUAUAAUCGCCGCAUUCCUCCUGAGGAGGGCGGUGACCUAGACGCCAGAGGACGGCAAACCAAAGGCUCUGCUUUCGAAGGCACGGGCGGCCCAGAGGACAAGCUCGCCGAGAGACAACGAGAUUUCGGUGGAUACGACGACAAUGACGCCCUGCCACGCGGUGUUCUCGGCAGGGGUGGUGUUGAGGCGGGGCGGGAGAGCGGUGACAUCCUUGAGCAAGGCAGCAGCGCAUCGAGAGCCAAUGUCGGGCGUAACCCACCCGGGCCGGGAGGCUCCAAGUUCAAGGGCUCUGAGUACUAUCAGCCAGAGGACGUACCUGACAGCAUUGCCGCAGAGGGUUACGUGCCGCCCGAGAGCGUGGUCGAGCCUUCUCGAGAGACUGAGUUUUAUGAGCGACGUUGA